UGUUUUGUCUGGUUUCUUCUUUGCCUUGCUUGAAUUCAUGAAAUGAGAAAGUUACCACAGCUCUGUCAUCUCCAAGAGUAUUCGAACGAAUCUCUAUUCGCGGAGUUGCACUGUCCCGGAGCAAGCUUGAAGCGCUGUGGAUUACAAUAGGACGUUUGAGGCUGAAUAUCUGAGAAGAGCUCAAUUGCUAAUAGUUUGAGUGCAAAAAUACACAAUCACAAUGAAGCUAAUCAAGAGAGAUAUCAAUACAUCUGAGAAGGACCAAAGUGGUAUCGUGGUGUUGAUGCCGGACCAAGCCGAGGAUAUGUGGCAUGCGUACAACAUGAUCGCCGAGGGAGACCGAGUGACGGCAUCGACCAUGCGGAAAGUGACGACGGAAAGCUCUACUGGCUCGAGUACCAGUCAGCGCGUGCACACGCGUGUCACAAUCCUUGUGGAAACCAUCGACUUUGACACCAGCGCUUGUGCUAUGCGCCUCAAGGGCAAGAACAUCUCUGAAAACAAGUAUAUCAAGAUGGGUGCGUAUCACACUGUCGACUUGGAGCUGAAUCGUUCCUUCACCCUUCACAAGGAAUGUUGGGAUUUCGUUGCAUUGGAGCGUCUAGAUUUAGCCUGUGAUCCGGCAAAGUCUGCCGACAUUGGUGCUAUCAUCAUGCAGGAGGGUUUGGCACACAUCUGCCUGGUGACAUCCUGUAUGACCACUGUUCGGUCGCGCCUGGAGAUGGGUAUACCGCGCAAGAGACGUGGCAACUGUACCCAGCAUGAUAAGGCGCUGGUGCGCUUCUAUGACGCUGUCAUGCAGGCCAUGCUCAGGCAUUUUGACUUCUCAGUGAUCAAAUGUGUCGUCGUAGCAAGUCCUGGGUUUGUCAAGGAUCAGUUCUUUGAGUACCUGUACACGGAAGCUGUGAAGACGGACAACAAGCUUCUUUUCGAGAACAAGGGAAAGUUCCUGCUGGCUCACUCUUCAUCAGGACACAAGUAUGCGUUGAAGGAGGUACUGCAAGAUCCUAGCGUCACAAGCAGACUAGCCGACACAAAGGCUGCCGGUGAGGUGAAGGCUCUGGAAACGUUCUUUCAAACGUUACAGAACGAGCCAGACCGCGCUUACUAUGGUGUCAAGCAUGUGGAGUUUGCGGCAGCUCGGCAUGCAGUUGAUGUUCUAAUGGUGACUGAUGAGCUGUUCCGCUCCAACAACAUUGCGACGAGAAAGCGCUACAUCAAUCUCAUCGAGACGGUCCGCGAAACUGGUGCAGAUGUCAGGAUAUUCUCCAGCCUGCAUGUCUCCGGGGAGCAGCUUGGUCAGCUGACGGGCGUAGCAGCCAUCCUCCGAUUCCCCAUGCCGGAAAUUGAAGACGAAGACGACGAGGACACCGAAGAGGAUGAGGAGGAGUCCGACGGUGAGGGAGGAAAUGGUCGCAAUGAUGUUGCCAGUGAUGGCGACACGGCAAGUGGUGGUGACGACAGCGGGGCAGCAGCAGCAGCCUCGGCUAGUCCUGCGGUCGGUAAUGGCCGACGGAAGACCAGUGCGGCCAUGCCGAUGUCUGGCGCGUCGUCUCGCUCUGCUACACCGUCAUCGAAUGCUAUGUGAUCAGCAGCACCGCGGUAGCGCAUGCAUGUUCUGCGCCGUACCACAAGUACGGUAUUACGGUAUUGGGUGACUGUGCGUGUCUUACCCGACGUCUCCGCUGCCAGACUGCAUGUGUUACAGUAGUGGCUGCCAUCUUUGGCAACAACGUCCGGACGAGUCGAGUCAACUCCGAUGAUGUCAUAAUUUACUGGCGACAUCAUGCAUCUGAAUGCAUGACCUGAUGACAUUAUGUAUGCACAUCUAUCUGUCCGACCGGCUGCUCAGAUUUGCGACACACAGUUGUGAUGCCAUCUGAGAUUUCCGAAUCCUCUACAUUCCUCCAAGGAUGCAUCAAGAACAUCCAGAACAUUGUAGCGUUUUGGCUGAGGGAGAUCUGCAGCCAUUCUAGGAGCGUGACGCGCCACUGUGAUAUCCCGUCGUAUCCAUGCAUCGGAUGCUUCGUUUGUGCACCUCACGUCAAUGCCAGUAUUGUGUCGAGGUGGCAGCGGAUUGUCAGUGUGACUGCAUUAGCCAUGUCGUGUUGUUGGUAGCACGACACCGCGGGUAGCCGCUAGCGGGGCUCACAUGCUGCACGACGUGUGUCACACAGCACACGGCAUGCUGCAGUCAGCUUUCAGAGUGUGUGUGUGUGUGUGUGUGUGUGUGUGUGUGUGUGUGUGUGUGUGUGUGUGCGUGUGUGCAGCUGAGCUUCGUUUGCGCCGGGCUUGGCAUGGUUUUACCUGAUCUGGUCCGGUUUAGGCGGGCCGGCCGGCGGAUUUGAGGCCGUGCCUUGCGUCUCAUCUUGCGCUGUCCUUUGACCAUUCUCCUUUGUCCAACUGUGUAGUUGUUAGGGAUGGUGAUGGUGAUUAGUGUGCACACCGUCGGCCGUGUUGCACACUGCUGGCGGUGUGCAGAGAGCGCUGUGCUGCCAUCGCUUUCCCCAGCCGCUGUUAUGAUCCCGUAGCACUGUGCUGUGUUGUCAUCGCCCCCUAGCUUUGGAAAGUGACGACGUCAGCCCAAUCACACUGCGGAGUAUUUAUGCCGUAUUUCUGAAGCUACGCUACAGCCUCUCCAACGGUUUUAAAUUAUAAUUUAUACAAUCGUACCUCGAAGUAUGUACCUUCAUGGCGUCUUCCCCUCAGCUCCCUUUCAAUCAAGGAGUAGGUAUUUUACAACUCCCUGCUUUCAAUCAUAGCCGAAUUAGUAGUCAUUGGUUCCAAGCUGUAAUAGCAAUCAGUGGAUUCUAUUACCCCAGCUCUCGCUCUGUUAUCCCUCUUAACCAUCCGCUGUAGCGGUAGCGCGCUGUUCAGCUUUUUUUAAAUUAUAUUUACCGUCUAGUCUACCUUUUGGAUAGACAGGUACUCAUAUGUGUUCUGUGACUGCUGGGCCCGGUUGGUGCUUGUCGUGUGCCUGGGCCUGGUCAAUCGCACUGUGUCCCUGUGUUCAAAGCCUGGGCCUGGUCAAUCGCACUGUGUCCCUGUGUUCAAAGCCUGGGCCUGGUCAAUCGCACUGUGUCCCUGUGUUCAAAGCCUGGGCCUGGUCAAUCGCACUGUGUCCCUGUGUUCAAAGCCUGAGCCUGGUCAAUCGCACUUUGUCCCUGUGUUCAAAGCCUGGGCCUGGUCAAUCGCACUGUGUCCCUGUGUCCAAAGGACGAUGCUCAGGAGUCCUAACAUUAUGACUGUUUGUUUUUGUUAUAGCACUCCAUAUUUAUAAUUCAGAUGGUGACGUUGGUGAUCCAAGGAAAAAAUUGUAACAUGGAGAAUGUGAAA